AACCUUCAAAUAUUAAGCUCAAAAAUUAACUAGUUCAAGAACAAAAUGAAGGGAGGUGGUGUUGAGGUUGGUGUGGCAGCCAAGGAUUCAACUCAAAGAAAUGGGGUGAAUAGAGGGGUGUCGAUACUUGACUUUAUUUUGAGGCUUCUAGGGUUCAUUGCAACACUAGGAAGUGCAAUUGCCAUGGCAACAACUAAUGAAUCACUUCCUUUUUUCACACAGUUUAUUCGGUUCCGGGCUGAGUAUGAUGAUCUUCCCACAUUCACGUUUUUUGUGAUUGCUAAUGCCAUUGUUAGUGGCUACCUGAUUCUGUCUCUCCCUUUUUCAAUCAUCCAUAUUGUGAGAAGCAAGGCUCAAAAGACUAGAAUUUUGUUGAUUUUCUUUGACACAGCAAUGCUUGGUCUUUUGACUGCGGGAGCCUCAGCAGCAGCAGCUAUUGUAUACCUAGCACACAAGGGAAACAGAAAAGCAAACUGGUUUGCCAUCUGCCAACAGUUCAACUCCUUCUGCGAGCGCAUUUCUGGUUCUUUGAUUGGUUCUUUUGUAGGAGUCGUGUUGUUUAUUCUGAUAAUCUUGUCGUCUGGUGUGGCGCUUUCACGACGUUGAUAUGUCAUGCUACUUUCCAACAAUGCUCUUGUGAUCACUGCACUCCUCCCUGUAUGUGUGUGUUUGUGUCUCUGUUGGUUUGUGUUUGCAUUAUUGACAGUGUAUAAAACAGAGCAUGACUGUGUUUAUCUUUUCUGUAAAGUUGGUUUUCUUUUUUAAUGUAAUGAA